CCAGCACUUCAUUGAGCUCUGAGGAGGGAAAUGCUGAGGGGAAAGUAACGAAGCGAAGAAUCAGAAGAAAAGCUGUUGUUUCAGAGGAUCAGAACAUGGAAACACGACUAAGUGAUGCCGAUGAGAUUAUGACCUCAGUUAGUAGUGCUGGGGAUAAUAAUGACGAAUAUAUGACACAAUUAAAUGACAAGGAGGAAGAAGAUAUUAGCAUUACAUAUAGUUGGCCGCCUCUUGUAUGCUGUUUUGGAGCUGCUCAGCAUUUUUUCAUACCUUCUGGUAGAUUGGCCAACCGAAUGAUCGACCACGAAAUUCAUGAAUCGAAGAAAGAUAUGUUUUGGACCCCAACAAAGUUUGUGAGAGCUCCGGGGGGGUCACCAUCUAGUGUUGCGAUAGCUCAUGCAAGUAUAGGCGGUCGAGUCGCGUUUAUUGGAAAACUCGGAGAUGAUGAGUACGGCAGAACAAUCCUCUAUCAUCUAAAUGUUCAUAAAGUUCAAACACGAGCGAUUAAGAUCGACUGUUCGAGACCUACGGCUGUAUCUCAGAUGAAGAUUUCAAAAAGGCAUGGCUUGAAAGCAAGUUGUUUGAAGCCUUGUGCAGAGGACAGUUUUCUGGAUUCAGAGAUAAAUAUUGAUGUUCUGAAGGAGGGGAAGAUGUUCUAUUUCAAUUCCUCAUCCUUAUUAGCACAAAGCACAAGAUUAACCACAAUGGAAGCCAUUAGGAUUUCCAAGAAGUAUGGAGGGCUUAUUUUCUUUGACCUCAACCUCCCAUUACCUCUGUGGAAAUCCAGAACUGAAACCAAUUUGUUCAUCGAAGAAGCAUGGAACGCUGCAGAUAUCAUUGAAGUAACAAAACAGGAGCUAGAAUUCUUGUGUGGGAUAGAGCCCACUGAGAAAUUUGAUACAAAAGACAACGAGAAAUCCAAAUUCACCCACUAUAAGCACGAGGUGGUGAAACAGCUAUGGCAUGAUGAUCUCAAAGUUCUAUUUGUGACAAAUGGAACUUCUAAGGUGCAUUAUUACACCAUAAAUGAUAACGGUUUUGUUCGUGGAAUGGAAGAUGCUCCUAUCACUCCUUUCACGAGCGAUAUGUCGGUAUCUGGGGACGCUCUUGUUGCAG